AUGUGGGUCAUUUUCUUCCAGGGCACGCCGCACUUUUGGUUGAUCGGCGGGAAGUCCUACAGAGUCGGCAAGAAGGACUGCCACAUCAUCAUUCAAGAUGACCGCAGCAUCAGCCGCACGCACCUCACCAUCACCGUAGGAUUGCAGUUGUCCACGGGGGCUGGUGGCGCCGGGGAGUGGGCCCCUCAGCCCAUUUCACUGCUCGACUCCUCCACCUACGGCACCACCAUCGUGGCAUGCGGAGAGGAGGCCGACGACGCCGAAACACAUGACACCCCACAUAGCGGGGGUGCUAGCCACGCCGGCAGUGCCGGGGCUGCGUCAUCUCCUACACUGGGGGCAGGUAUUCUUGGGUUGUGCUACGCCCCCGCUGCAACUGCAGCAGCAGCGGCAGCCCGCAAGCGGCAGCGCUCAGGCAUGGCCUCGGGCUGCAGGGCACAGCUUACCCUGCAGCUGACCAAGGAAGUUCCUUUCCAUGUGCCGGUGCAUCGCUCCUCCUGGCACCAGUUUACCAUUCAGCUAGGCCAUCAUAGCACUGCGCUGAGGCUAGUGUGGCUGGACGUGUCGGUCUUGUGCGAGGACGUGGACGUGGGAGUGCAAGCCAAGCUGUUGGAUGGGCUGCGCUGCUGCGGUGUGCGGCAGGAGACCGUCCCUGUCAAUACCCAAGCCGUGAGUGCAACCGAGACGCAAGGCAGCGCUGAGGGACGCGUGUGCAGCGGACUUUCCCUGAGCCAGCGGUCGAUGUUGCUGGGCACACCUUUGGCGACUCCGAUUCCCGCUUGUGUGACCGCCGCAGCCGCGGCUACUGGCGAAACAGCACUCUCCUCAGGCGUUUUACCCUGCUACAGUACGGUGAACUUCUUGGUGACGAGCACUGUGCAGCCCUCGAUCGCGGUCGUUGCGAUGCUCUGCAGGGCCGUGCCCAUCGUCACCCCCGCCUUCUUCGUGGCCAUUUGUGACCGCACCUCGCCGCAGAUUCCGCUCCCCGAUCCGUUGCACUACUUGCCGCCCCUGUCUCCUUGGUGGUGCGACUUCCUGAUGCCUAUGCUGCCGUCCGCCGACGAAUCGCGCCCCUGUGGCAGCGAUGCAGAGGGCGGCGGGGUCUCAGCGGCCGCGUCCACUUUCACAUCUCCCUCCAGCACGGUGACGGCAGUGGCAGGCGAGCCAGCAGCUGCCGCGUCACACCUGCGCUACUUCGCUCCACAGCCGCAGCGCCGACAGCUGUUUAGCGGUGUUACCUUUAUCCUUCUGCAGAGGUCGCUGUACAAAGAGGUGCUAAAUUACCUCGAUAGCACUGGUGCCCGCGUGGUCUGGGAAGAUGGCGGCAUUCCCAGUCUCUCAGCCCCACUCUGCUCGUCCACUUCGUCCUCUCGAGCGGAGCUUGAGGCUCUACAGGCAUUCUUUGUGCGUCAUCAGCGGCAUGUGUUGCUCUUCAACGAGACAGAGCCGCUGCUGCCGUGGCCGGGGUGCGUGAAUGUUGUGCGACACGGCCUGAGCCUCUGCAGUGUCGAGUAUGGCACGCUCAUCGAUGCGAUUGUGACCAUGCGGCCCUUGCCACUGUCAGCGUAUCCGGCCGAUGCGCAGAUGCCUCAGACCAUUGAGGAGGUGGAGGCUCGCGUGGCAGCGGCAACGGCAUUGUUAUCCACCUCGCUCGUCUCCACGGCGCAAGCGGCGGAGGAGGAGCACACGCAAGACGUUGACGAGCAGGAAGGACGCCGGACUGACGCGCAGCCGCUCUUCCCGGAGCUGAGAGGCGGCGGUGGCGGUUCUUCGGGUACGGUGCUCCAGCCCGGUAGCGACGCCGGUGUGGGCUACGGUGAUGUACACGACUCUAGUGUCUACCGACGACCACGCAAGGAGGACAUAGACGGGUGGGUAAGCUUUGGGAGGCCCGCCACCGUCGCGCCAGCGGGCACCGGGCACUCUGUGGACAGCAGGUCCAAUGCGCAUGCCACUGGGCGCACAGUGGAGUUGCACGUGGGGCCCUACUCUUUGCCCCCCUACCCGUGCUUCGAGGAUGCCAACGCUGCCCCUGCCGAUGCGAGCGCAAGUGGCGCCGCCGCUGUCGAAUUCGCACGCGGUGUGAAGCCCUUUGUGAAGCAGGCGCUCCCUCUUGCUGAGCCGCUGGUGGAGCUUGAGCACUGCGCUCGGCGUCAGCUGGCGGUAAGCAUGGUGACAGCUCGCGUGCCCACAGUAGACGCCGAGGGUAUCGUGCCAGAGCACGUGGUGAUGGGCAGCAGCAGCCUGGCGAGUCGUGUUGCGGAGGCGACCAGUGCUACCUUUAAUGUCUUUGACACCGUGGCGCACCAUGCAUCUAGCAGGCGGCGGGGAACGGCUACACGACGGGGAGCACGCGGUGGCGGCGCUUCUGCUGCCGCGGUCAGGGGGCCCGCGGAUCGUUUUCGCAACUGCACGGUACGCGCCGCGCGGUGUCGUCCGGCGGACAGCGCCGUGUCUGUGGAAGAUGACGAGGUCAUCAUGGUGGAGUCUGUCGAGGCAACCGCCCCGCACGGUGGUCGUGGCGAGGACGCGUUUCACAUAUUCGAUGUCGACGGCAUAUUCUGA